AAUAAAUAUAACCUUAAGUAGGUUAAUUUUGUGUAAAUUAGCACGAUGUGUAGCUACUGUUAUAUAGUUUUUAAUCUCGACUUGUACAGGUUGUUAGUGUAGAAUUUUUGUGUUACUUAUAUGGACAUUUAUGUAUCGCCUACUUUCGUUUUCGCCUUACGUAAAGUGACUUAACGGUAUGCAUUUGUUGAAACUUUCGCUUUAAUCUAAGUUCUUAAUUUCUGAUAUGAAUAAUACAGAAAAUGCAUUUUGAAUUACGUCUAUUUUUGUUAUCAUUUAUUAUAUUCCUGUUUAGCUCAUUAGAUAAGUGGUAAAUACUUAACAGCUGUAAAAUCAUGGGAACAGGAGGCUAUGGAGGCAUGGCAACGAAAGGAAGCCAUGGACGAGAAAGGAUCAGUAAAAGUGGAAAAGUACUUGUGGCGGCCAUCCACUUCGGGACAACAUUUUCUGGAUACGCAUAUUCCUUUAAUCAUGACUAUGAAGUAGACCCGACGAAAAUGGCAGCAAAUACGAGUUGGGUGGCCGGCUCUGCCGGACUCAUGUCGUUGAAAACACCUACCAUUCUUCUUCUUAACAAUAAGAAACAUUUCGUUGCCUUUGGUUACGAGGCUGAAGAACAAUAUUCUGAAAAAGUAGCAGACGAAGACCAAAAGAAUUAUUACUACUACCGGCGAUUCAAAUUGCUUCUAUACAAGGGUGAUCAUUUAACGAGAGACGUUAUGAUCCCAGACGACAAAGGACGUCUGAUGUCUGCCCUUCAAGUGUUUAGUAUAUCAAUCGAAUAUCUAAGAAAACACGUAAUGGAAACAAUUAAUAAAAGGUACUAUUUAUUUUACAAAAUGGCGGUUGGUGAUGAUGAUAAUGAUUAUGAUAAUAACGAUGAUGAUAAGAAUUUCGACUACGAUCGCGAAUGAUUUGACAAUUAUUACAAUUAUAUCAAUGAUGAUGAUUCUGAUGAUGAUGCUGUGAAUUUUGACUACAAUCACGAAGAAUAUGACAAUUAUUACAAUGACAUCAAUGAAGAUGUUGAUGUGAAUUUUGACUACAAUCACAAAACUAAUAACAAUGGUGACAAUGAUGAUAAUUAUACAAACUGUACAUGUAAACCGGUGUGCUUCCAUCGGUAUGAGACUAUGUGGUGAUAUAUUGAUUAUAUUAUUAUAUCCUAUAAAAUGAUUGAGACUUUUUAGGCACCUUAAUUUUAUUUCCAAAGCUUUUUAUACCUGGUUUUCAUUUACAAUUCCCAAAACGGUACUCAUUUAACAUAAAGCUGGACCAAUUUUUUGCUUCUUGGUCAUAAGUUUUUCUAUUGAAUGCGAUUCACGUCACACCAACACCAGAAAGGUCAUUUGCGACUGGACUGGUUGAAGAAGAACUCAGGUGCCCCUCCGUGCAUUAUUUCAGGCACUAAUGGACACUGAAGUAGAACCAACGAUGUUCCAUAAGCUUACUGGAUGCUUCCUCACAUGAGGUCAAAGUGAACCUAUAAUAUUGAGAGGCAAAUGGUGUAAAGUCAACGGCCUUAUCCACUGAGCCUCAGAUGCCCCUUUGGUCAGUCAAUUUACAGGGGUUUAGUAUUUUGUAAGAAGACAAUUUGUCAUUGUGAUUACGUUUUGCUACUAUUAUGAGUUCAUCCACGGCUACUAUCUCUAAAAGAUAAGUAUCUUAAUUGUUCUAAAUCAAUUUGUGUUUGAUUAAGGAAAUGUAUGCCUUUUCCUCUGAGGAAAAGUCAUAUUCAUUUCCGAGCCAUAAAUAAAGAUGAACGGGUCCGUGUGCGCACAUAAGUAAAACGAGUAAAAUUAUACUAGGUAAAAGCUAAUACAUGUAUUUACAUUCAUUUUGUUUGUCCAUCCUUAAAGCCAGUCGAAUUAUAUUUUACCAUGGGUAUAUAGCUCAAAAGUUAGACAAGUUCCUUAAACGUACACUUAUCACUCAAGUUUGAUUCCGCUUCCUGGAUUUAACAA